AAUGGGAGCCCCGGGUCGACCCUCAGUCCUGCAGCCUUUCACACAUCCUGCUCCCACCUCUCCAGUUACCUCCACUGUCCCCCUUACAACAAAGACCUGACUGACUCCCCUCUCCUUCCCAGACCCUAUCAGCACGCAUCCACCUACCAUUUCCCUUAUGCCUAAUCUCUCCAGGAUCUAUGGAAAUGAGGUGCGCUGUGUGUCCCUGUAAAUGAGGCCGUCCCUAAUUAAAGAGAAGCACACAGUGUGUUCUAAGUGACUCAUGUUAAUUCUGUAACUCAAACUACCCAAGGUCUUGAAAAAGCAGGGUUUUAGUCUGUGUGUUUCUCUCUCUCUCUUUGUGUCCAUAAAAUAACCCAGAGUGAGACUGGGCUGCUUUGGCUGGGUCGGAGUCACUCCGGUAGAAAGCUUUAGCCAUACAUAGACAGACCCCGUCGACAGGGCUGAUGGGGGUGAUCAGGGCCCAAUCCAAGGGGCGGACAUUUAUGUCCAAAAUCCUAUUUGUUUAAACCGUUUUGCCUUCCAUGCUUGGAGGGAAAUAAGGCGAGGAUUCUGCUGUUUUCUGGGACUCCCAUUAUUACAGUACCGUUAAUCCUGCUGGAAGUGGACGAGAAGUGCUCCUCUGUUUGGAUGUCCACCCCCCUCCUCCCCUCCCACCACCAUCACCACAACAACCACCACCCCUCAGUCUUUCUCCAGUCCUCUCCUCACUUCUUUUAAACUCUGUGGAUGUUCCCAGCUGGAUGGAACACAGCUGUGUACUGGAGGCAGCCUGGUGAGAGUGGUGAGGAGUUAAAUGUCCAUCUUCUGAAAGCAGGAUGCUCAGGCCAGGCACUCCAGUCAUUCUGUUCCACCUCUUUAGCUUCUUUACUCAGAGAGAAGCUCUUUCUCAAGAGAUCAUGUACCCCUAUGGGCCCGUCCACCGAGAUCUGGAGACACCCAAGAUGGAUGAUGGAAGUUCCACUGAAAUAAUUAUACUCAUGCCAUUCAUUUUCUUUAAUAACCCCUAUCGCUCAAUCUAUGUCAACAACAACGGUGUGAUCUCCUUCAACGUGCAGGUGAGCCAGUUCACCCCCGAGGCCUUCCCCCUGAGUGACAGCAGAUCCUUCAUCGCCCCACUAUGGGCAGACGUGCACAACGGCAUCCGCGGAGAUGUGUACUACCGCGAGAGCGCAGACCCAGAGUUACUGGAGCGGGCCUCACGAGACAUCCGCAAGUACUUCAAGAACAUGCCCACCUUCACAGCCACCUGGGUCUUCAUCGCAACCUGGCACCAGGUCACCUUCUACGGAGGCAGUCAGACCACCCCGGUUAACACGUUUCAGGCUGUAUUGAUAUCAGAUGGUCUGUCAUGCUUUUCCAUGUUCAACUAUGGAGAGAUCAACUGGAGCACAGGCACUGCAAGUGGAGGAGACCCUCUGACUGGUUUAGGUGGAACCACAGCACAGUCAGGUUUUAAUGGAGGAGACAUUGGUCACUUUCUCAACCUGCCUGGGUCCCGCUCCAAUGAUGUGGUUGAAAUCGAGCAGACGACCAAUGUUAACCUGCCUGGCCGCUGGGUCUUCCGUAUAGACACUGCCCUGAUAGACCCAGCCAAUGGCUGCAGUUACAAUGGGCGGUUCUAUCGCCGCGGCGAGAUCUUCUGGCUGUCUGACCAGUGCUCCCAGCGGUGCCGCUGCCUAGACAUGGACAACGAGGUGCUCUGCCAGGAGGCGCCAUGCGGCCAGCUGGAAACAUGCGAGCAGCAGGAGGGUGCCUUCUACUGCCAGCCCACGCGCACCAGCACCUGCGUGGUUUUCGGUGACCCACACUACCAUACCUUUGACGGCUUCCUCUACCACUUCCAGGGCACCUGCUCCUAUUUGCUUGCACGGCCAUGCUGGGAGGUGGCCGGCCUGCCCUUCUUCAGCGUGGAGGCAAAGAACGAGAACCGCGGCGUGGCCUCCGUAUCCUGGUUGAGGGACGUUACUGUGGAGGUGUACGGCCACCGCGUCACCCUGCCUAAGGGCAGCCAGGGCACUGUACAGGUGGAUGGGCUGGUAAAGACACUGCCAGUCCAACUCCAGCUGGGUGCGGUCAGGGUGUACCAGUCAGGUGUUGCUGUCGCCCUGGAGACCGACUUUGGCCUCCUGGUGUCUUACGACGGGCAGCACUAUGCCUCUAUCUCCCUGCCCAGCUCCUACUUCAACAACACAUGCGGCCUGUGUGGUAACUAUAACGACGACCCUGCCGACGACCCCGUGCUGCCCGACGGCUCGCUGGCCGAGAGCGUGGUGGAGCUAGGUGGCAGCUGGCGAGCAGAGGACGCUGACUGGCGCUGCACGGAUGGCUGCGCCCAGAACUGCAGUAUCUGUGACCCGUUGACCGAGGCGUUCUACUUCCGCCCGGACUACUGUGGACUCAUCAACAAGACAGACGGGCCUUUCAGGGACUGCAGGGCAGUGGUGGACCCCACGGCCUUCGUCUAUAGUUGUGUCUACGACAUGUGCAGCAACAGGGACAACAUUACCACCCUGUGUCAGGCCAUCCAGGCCUAUGCCUUAGCCUGCCAAGCCCUGGGGGUCACCAUACGACCCUGGAGAUCACGCACCUUCUGUGCCCUGACAUGCCCUGAGUCCAGCCACUACCAGGUGUGCACCAGUGCCUGCCCGGCCUCCUGCUCAGACCUCACCGCUCACCUGUAUUGUGCCCACCCCUGCACCGAGGGCUGCCAGUGCGACCCGGGCUACGUGCUGAGUGGCAGCCGCUGUGUCUGGCGGCAGGACUGCGGCUGCGAGCGUGACGGCCUAUACUACCCCCUCAACGACACUUUCUGGGCGGGCCCCACUGGCGAGGCCAGAGAGUGUACCCUGCGCUGUGUCUGUGGGGCCAACGGCGAAGUCUCCUGCUUCAACGACUCGUGUAGAGAAGGCGAGGUGUGUGUGGCGGAGGUCGGCCUGUUGGGUUGUUACCCCCGCAGGGAGGGAGUGUGUUCUCUGGGCCAGAACGCUGUGACGGCCUCCUUCGACGGGGCCUCCAUGCUCUUUCCGGACGACAGCUCCUACUACCUGCUGAGGUCGUGCGGGCCGACGCCGGCCAACGUGUCGGUUGUGGAGGUGAAGAUGGGCCGGCGGUUGGUGAACAAGGGUCCGGCCUGGAUGAGGCCCGUGGUGGUCAGGGUGGCCAACCUGGAGGCCCAGAUGGGUGGAUCGGACUUUGACACAGUGAAGCUGAACGGUGAACCGGUAUUACUACCUUAUAUCCAUCCUCUGGAGACCCUGAUGAUCUACCGCGCCCCGGGCAACGCCACCGUGGUGGAGUCCAGCGGAUUGGUCCUAGUCCGCUACACCCGCCAGGGCUUCCUCAACAUCUCCCUCUCUACCCUCUUUUACAACGCCACCUGUGGCUUGUGCGGCCUCUUCAACGGAAAUGCCAGCGACGACCUCCGUCUACCCAACGGCCGUCUGGCCGAAUCCCCCGAACUCUUUACCGAAGGCUGGCGGGCCAUCGCUGACGACCUGACAUGUAACGGCGAUUGCGACGACCUGUACCGCAUGUGCACGGACCUGCGGCUCUACCAGAGCCCAUGGAUGUGUGGCAACAUCAACGACCCGGGGAACAGCUCCUUCCUGGCGUGCCAUGGUGCCGUCAACCCCUCGCCGUUCUUCCGGAACUGCCUGUACAACAUGUGCGUGCGUGAGGGAAACCGCUCGGCGCUCUGCUCUUCGCUGCAGGCGUAUGCCUCAGCCUGUCAGGACGCCCAGGUGGGCCUUGCCGCCUGGAGGAGUGCUACCAAUUGCCCCUUGCCCUGUCCGGAGAACAGUCACUUUGAUGAGUGCACUAGCGCAUGCCAGCUGACCUGCGCCGGCCUUGACGAGCCCGACGAGCCGUGCCCACUGCCUUGCCAGGAGGGUUGCCAGUGCGAGGAGGGCUUUGCGCUGCGCAAUGGCCAGUGCGUGGCACGCAGUGACUGCGGCUGCCUCGACCUUGGCAGCCGGCAGCUGACCACCAACCAAACCUUCUGGACCGACUGGGAGUGCAAAGAGCGCUGCUACUGCAACGGCUCGGACAACAGCGUCUACUGCACGCUGGCACCAUGCGGGGAGGGCGAGUACUGCCAGGAGGGCCUUGAGGGCCUCUACUUCUGUCAGCCGCACACCGAGGCGCUAUGCGUUGCCGCCGGUUACAGCCACUUUCUUCCGUUCGGUGGUGUGCCCUUCGAGCUACAGAGCAGCUGUACCUUGAGGCUGGCUACGACGGCGUGCAACGGCGGGGUGGUGGGGGAGGAUGAUGGGGAUCAGAGCCCCGCCACCCAGCCUGGGACGAGCAGCAGCGCCACCUUCCCUCACUUCAAGCUGUCAGCCCGGAACGAGGAGAGGGACACAGGGCAGGCCAUCUGGGUGAGAGGGUUCGUCUUGGAGGUCUACGGCUAUGAGAUUGAGGUGUCUCGGAGCUACAAACACACCAUCACGGUGAAUAAGGAGCGUCUAUACCUGCCUCUGAAGCUGGGACCAGGGAAGGUCCACAUCUUCACCUUCGGCAUGCAGCUGGUGUUGGAGACGGACUUUGGCCUGAAGGUAGCCUUUGACUGGAACACCCUGCUCCUGCUCACGCUGCCCAGACGCCUCUACAACGCAACCUGUGGCCUGUGCCAGGGCAUGCCACUCUCGUCUCCGCCCACCUUCACCACCAACGACUGGGGCAUGGCCUGGGCCGAUCGGGACACCUUCUGCCAGGUAGGCUGCGGCGACUCGUGCCCACGUUGCGGAUUGGUCGAGAGAGGCCUCGGCGCCGUCGACGCCCCUCUCCUUGUCACGGAUGUCAACGUGGAAGGUGGGGCACAAAAUGUCGAGGGAGGAGGCAUCAAUGUUGAAGGCGGGGGCUACACGGGAAUCCGAUUCCACCUGGGUGACGGGCUGUACGUAUUUGUGGAGCCCGAGGCAGUGCGUCUGUGCGGGCUGAUCGCGGACCGCGGUGGUGUGUUUGCACGCUGUCACAGCAAGGUGUCGCCAGCGUUCUUUUACCAGAGCUGUCUGCAGGACACGUGCCUGGACCAGGGCGCCCCAGAAACUAUUUGCAACUGGCUGCAGAUCUACACCAGCACAUGCCAGACCCAGGGGGUGCGCGUGUUAGGCUGGAGAAGUGACACGCCCUGUGUGCUGACGUGCCCAGCCAACAGCCACUACUCUGGCUGCAUGUCAGUGUGCCAGCCGCAGUGUGCCCCAGCACGAGGCCAGAGGGAGUGCACCCAGGACUGUGUGGAGGGCUGUCAGUGUGACCAGGGCUACGUCCUCAACGGCAAAGGCUGCAUCCUGCCCCAGAACUGUGGCUGCUACACGGACGGCAAGUACUAUGAGCCCAAACAACUGUUCUGGAAUGGCGACUGCACCAAGCGCUGCCAGUGCAUCGGCCGCAACCUCAUCCAGUGCGACCCGCGCCGCUGCAAGGCCGAGGAGGAGUGUGCCCUGCACCACGGUGUGCGCGGCUGCUUUGCCCGGCGCUCACAGCACUGCGUGGCAUCCGGCGGUGGCGUUUUCAGGACCUUUGACGGGGCGUCCUUGCGCCUGCCUGCCUCCUGCUCCUUCGUGCUGUCCACCAACUGCCACAAGUUACCUGACCUCUCCUUCCAGCUCAUCGCAAACUUCGACAAGUGGAGCACGCCCAACCUCACCACCAUCUCCCACGCAUACCUCUAUAUCAACGAGGAGAAUAUACUGAUCUCCGGGAGCACUGUGAAAGUGAACGGCACGCCCGUAUCGGUGCCAUUCGUCACGGGUUUAAUGACACGCGUCUCCACGUCGGAGGGCUUCCUGGUCAUCGACACACCACAGGACAUCCAGGUGCGCUACAACCGCUUCAACACGCUUAGUAUCACCAUGGGCCAGCGGCUGCAAAACAAGGUGUGUGGCCUUUGUGGCAACUUCAACGGAGACCCCACUGACGACUACAUCACCUCCCGCGGGAAGCCAGCCAUCAGCGCCCUGGAGCUGGCCCAGAGCUGGAAGACCAAUGGCAUGCAGAACAGCUGUGACGAGACCCAGUACGUGGCACUGGCCCAGUCGUGUGAGAACACGGCCGUGCUUGGCCUCCAGGGCGAGGAGGGGUGCCAGAAGCUCACCCAAAUGAAGGGCUUCUUCCAGCCCUGCCACGGCCUGCUGGACCCCAGGCCAUUCUACCAGUCCUGCUACCUGGACGGCUGCUACAACCACCGCAAGGCCCAGGUGUGCGGCUCACUCGCUGCCUACGGCGAGGCCUGCCGCUCCCUGGGCACGCUCACCACAAAAUGGAUUGCGCAGGAGAACUGCUCAGAAUGGAUCUACGACCCGUGUGCAGGAGAGAUCUGCACCAACAACACGUGUGAGCAGGAAAACGGGGGAGACCUGUGUGGCUGCCCCGAGCUGCCCAACAACGCUGGGGACGAGGAUGACAUCAUCCAGGCAGAGGUGACGUGUAAGCACGCCCAGAUGGAGGUGUCCAUCUCCAAGUGUAAGCUCUUCCAGCUGGGCUUUGAGCGCGAGGACGUGAGGAUCAACGACCAGCACUGCCCCGGCAUUGAGGGAGAGGACUUCAUAUCCUUUCACAUCAACAACACCAAGGGCCAUUGCGGCUCCAUCGUACAGUCCAACAGCACACACAUCAUGUACAAGAACACGGUGUGGAUUGAGAGCGUGAACAACACUGGCAACAUCAUUACCCGGGACAAGACCAUCAACGUGGAGUUUUCCUGCGCCUACGAGCUGGACCUCAAGAUAUCUCUGGAGACCGUGCUUAGGCCCAUGCUCAGUGUGAUCAACCUCACCCUCCCCACCCAGGAGGGUAACUUCAUCACUAAGAUGGCACUGUACAAGAACUCGUCGUACCACCAGCCGUACCGCGAGGGCGAGGUGGUGCUGAGUACACGGGACAUCCUCUUCGUGGGGGUGUUUGUGGAGGGGGCCGACGAGAACCAGCUCAUCCUUAUCGUCAAUAUGUGCUGGGCCACACCGUCCCGCUACAGCAGCGACCGGCUCCGCUACAUCAUCAUAGAAAGAGGUUGUCCCAACAUCAAGGAUAACACCAUAGGCAUGGCUGAGAACGGGGUGUCCCUCACCUGCCGCUUCCACGUCACAGUCUUCAAGUUCAUUGGGGACUAUGACGAGGUCCACCUCCACUGUGACGUGUCACUGUGUGACCACGAGAUCAAUGCCUGCAAAGUGAACUGUCCCCACAACAGGAGGAUGUACACGGACUACAGCAAUCACAAGGAGCAGAUCCUCACUGUAGGACCCAUCAGAAGGAGAGAGUCGGACUGGUGUGAGGUGGGGAACGGGGGCUGUGAGCAGAUCUGCACCAGUAAAGGGAUGGGAGCUGUGUGUAGCUGUGUGACUGGGAUGCUGCAGAGGGACGGAAAGAGCUGUAGAGCUGUCAGCUCCAGCGUUGACCUACGACCCCUCAUUCUCCCUCUGGCCCUUAGCACGGUGGUCUCCGUGCUCCAUGCUCACUCACACACUUCUCUCUUCUCCUAACACUGGAAGGACAGUCAGAGAGAGAGGAGGGAGAGAGAGAGAGACAGAUAAAAAGAAAAGAGGAGAGGAGAGCAAUGUAACACGAAAUAACAGCCAAAUAUAGAACAGACAGCUACACUUCGUGCUCACUGUCACAGAGACAUCCACAGCAACCAAUCACAGAGACAAGAAGCCCUUCCCUCUGGAUGGACUUAACAACAACUCAAGGCCCUGGAUCACAACAACAACAACAACUCACAAGGCCCUGGAUCACAACAACAACAACAACAACCACAAGGCCCUGGAUCACAACAACAACAACAACUCACAAGGCCCUGGAUCACAACAACAACAACAACCACAAGGCCCUGGAUCACAACAACAACAACAACCACAAGGCCCUGGAUCACAACAACAACAACAACAACUCACAAGGCCCUGGAUCACAACAACAACAACUCACAAGGCCCUGGAUCACAACAACAACAACCACAAGGCCCUGGAUCAAAACAACAACAACAACAACAACUCACAAGGCCCUGGAUCACAACAACAACAACUCACAAGGCCCUGGAUCACAACAACCACAAGGCCCUGGAUCACAACAACAACAACAACUCACAAGGCCCUGGAUCACAACAACAACAACUCACAAGGCCCUUGAUCACAAUGAAAAAAGACCCCCCAAAGAAUAUUUUUACUCACAUAAACUUUAGCUAGACAGAAGAAAGUCAGUAUAUUUCAUUUAAAAAACAGCUUAGUGAGUUAGUAUUAGAUAAAGCGUUUUUUUUAUGAGAGGUGAGGGCAUAGUUUGCCCUACAUUUAUCUUUGAUGGCAAAGCUUGGUUUCCAAAAUGAUUAAAAAAUAUAUUUUAUCAUUAUUUAUGUGUGAAGUAUAAGGCUGUGUAUGUGAAUCGAUUACCUGUUCCCCACUCAGCCCCUUAUCCCCUACUAUGAAAAUAUUGAAUGAGCCUCAAUAACAUACAAUGUGCUGGUAGAUGUGCCUUGACUGGUCAUGUCACACUGCCAUUCUGCUUGCCUACUCAUGGACCAGCCUCAAUCAGAAACAGUUCUAAAAUAAUUUGUAUGUUCAAAAUGAUACUCCUAGAAACAUUUGAUUGAAAAAUAAUGAAUAUUGUGGAAGUUAAAUUACUUCUCAAAAAGUUUUUAUUUUGUGCACAACAUACAUUUUGUAAAAACCGAUGUAGGUCCAGUUCUCCAGACCGAUAUCAUUAUGAGCAAAAAAGCAAUGUGACCUGUGUCAAAAUGCGCCUACCUAGGCUACUGUUAUCAGCAUGUGAAAUAAGCAAUGUUUUUGUACAAUGACACAGAAAGAAGCUCAUCCCACUCCAUAUAGCUAGCAACAACAAUUUAUGUUAGAAAAUAUUGGAGUAUCUCAUAACAUUUUCAUUAUGUACAAAUGUAUACUGAACAAAAAUAUAAACGCAACAUGUAAAGUGUCGGUCCCGUGUUUCAUGAGCUGAAAUAAAAGAUCCCAGAAAUGUUCCAUAUGCACAAAAAGCUUAUUUCUUUCCAAUUUUGUGCACAAAUUUGUUUACAUCCCUGUUACUGAUCUUUUCUCCUUUACCAAGAUAAUCCAUCCACCUGACAGGUGUGGCAUAUCAAGAAGCUGAUUAAACAUCAUUACACAUGUGCACCUUGUGCUGGGGACAGUAAAAGGCCACUCUAAAAUGUGCAGUUUUGUCACACAACACAAUGUCACAGAUGUCUCAAGUUUUGAGGGAGAGUGCAAUUGGCAUGCUGACUGCAGGAAUGUCCACCAGAGGUGUUGCCAGUGACUUUCAUGUUAAUUUCUCUACCAUAAGCCGCCUCCAACGUCGUUUUAGAGAAUUUGGCAGUAUAUCCAACCGGCCUCACAACCGCAGACCACGUCUAUGGCAUCGUGUGAUCGAGCGGUUUGCUGAUGUCAAUGUUGUGAACAGAGUGCCCCAUGGUGUGGUUAGGGUAUGGGCAGGCAUAAGCUAUGGACAACGAACACAAUUACAUUUUAUCAAUGGCAAUUGGAAUGCACAGCGAAAUGAGAUCCUGAGGCCCAUUGUUGUGCCAUUCAUCUGUUGCCAUCACCUCAUGUUUCAACAUGAUAAUGUUGCAAGGAUCUGUACACAAUUUCUGGACGCUGAAAGUGUCCCAGUUCUUACAUAGCCUGCAUACUCACCAGACCUGUCACCCAUUGAGCUUGUUUGGGAUGCUCUGGAUCAACGUGUAAGACAGUGUGUUCCAGUUCACGCCAAUGUCCAGCUACUUUGCACAGCCAUUGUCCAGCUACCAAUGUCCAGCUACUUCGCACAGCCAUUGAAGAGGAGUGGGACACCAUUCCACAGGCCACAAUCAACAGCCUGAUCAACUCACGCUGCAUGAGGCAAAUGGUGGUCACACCAGAAACUGACUGGUUUUCUGAUCCUCGCCCCUACUUUAUUUAUUUAUUAAGGUAUCUGUGACAAACAGCUGCAUAUCUGUAUUCCCAGUCAUUUGAAAUCCAUAGAUUAAGCCUAAUGAAUGUACUAUAAUUGACAAAUUUUCUUUAAUGAACUGUAACUCUAAAUAUUUUAAAUUGUUGCAUGUUGCAUUUAUGUUUUUGUUUAGUAUACAUAUUGUUAGUACAGGCUUUUUUGUUGUGAUAUUGUAUGACUUUCAAUUGGCAUUUCAAUAUUGAGUUUCAUAAUUAAUUGACCCAAAAAGGCAGCAAGACGAGGCAAUUAUCCCAUUUUAGAAAAGCAAUACAAUUUCAAGAAUAAACUGAACAGCUCUCAUAAUUGA